AUGAAAAACGCCGAUUACUUCUCCAACUACGUGACGGAGGAUUUCACCACCUACAUCAACCGGAAGCGGAAGAGCACCUGCCACGGGAACCACAUCGAGAUGCAGGCCAUGGCCGAGAUGUACAACAGACCCGUCGAGGUCUACCAGUACGGCACCGAGCCCAUCAACACGUUCCACGGGAUCCAGCACAACGAGGACGAGCCGAUCCGGGUCAGCUACCACCGCAACAUCCACUACAACUCCGUGGUCAACCCCAACAAGGCCACGAUCGGCGUCGGGCUGGGGCUGCCCUCCUUCAAACCGGGGCUGGCGGAGCAGUCGCUGAUGAAAAGCGCCAUCAAGACGUCGGAGGAGUCGUGGAUCGAGCAGCAGAUGCUGGAGGACAAGAAACGUGCCACGGACUGGGAGGCCACCAACGAGGCCAUCGAGGAGCAGGUGGCCCGGGAGUCCUACCUGCAGUGGCUGCGUGACCAGGAGAAGCAGGCGCGGCAGGUGGGACCCCAGAACCACCCCUGA